CUUACAUACGGUAUAAGUGGCGUUUCUCUAAACCUAGUUGUGUUUUCUCCAUGCCCUUUUUUAUACUCUCUUUUGAGGAGUGAAUUUUCAGUUCUUUUUUCUGUGUUGCCCUAGCACGAUGUCUGGUAUGUACGGUCAAGAAGGUGGAGGCGGUGGCGGAGGUUACGGCGGCGGUGGUGGAUACGGCGGCGGUGGUGGUAGGGGCGGUUAUGGCGGAAAUAGUGGCGGCGGAGGAUACGGCAACCAGGGAGGCGGUGGUGGAGGCUAUGGUGGAAGAGGAGGGGGAGGCGGCGGCGGAUACGCCGGUAGUAGAGGAAGUGGUGGCGGUGGUGGUGGUGGAUACCAAGGAGAUCGCGGCGGCGGCGGCGGCGGCGGCAGGGGAGGUGGCCGAGGUGGUGGAAGUGGCAGGGAAGGCGAUUGGCGCUGCCCUGAUCCAAGCUGUGGGAAUGUGAACUUUGCGCGGCGAUCCGAGUGCAACAAGUGUGGUACACCAUCUCCAGCUGGCGGUGAAGACCGUGGCGGUAGAGGUGGUGAAGACCGUGGCGGUAGAGGCGGCGGUGGUGGUCAUAGCAGAAGUUAUGAAAGCAAUCGAGGUGGCAGUGGCCGUAAUGGCAAUGGUUAUGAUGGUGGUAAUGGUAGUGGUGGUUCUUAUGGUGGUAGCCAAGGAAGGGAUGAUGGUGGUUAUAGACAGGCUCCUCCAGUUGCUCCGUCUUAUGGAGGUGGUGGUGGAAGCUAUGCACCGCCUCCUAAUGCAUAUGGUACAACUGAUGCGGUUCCUCCCCCUACAAGCUAUACUGGUGGGCCUGGUUCAUAUCCUCCAUCGUAUGGUGCCCCUGCUGGGUAUGGAGGUGAUAAGCUUGGUGAUAGCCGUGGUGGUGGACGAGGUGGCCCACCUGGUGGUUAUGGUGGAGGUCCUAGAAGCACAGGCGGUCAUGGUGGUGGUUCUCCGGUGGAGUCUACUGAAAAGGUGAAGCAGUGUGACGAAAGCUGUGGAGAUACAUGUGAUAACUCAAGGAUUUAUAUAUCGAAUUUGCCGCCAGAUGUCACUGUUGAGGAGCUUAGGGAACUUUUUGGGAGCAUUGGCCAAGUUGCAAGAAUCAAGCAGAAGCGAGGUUACAAGGAUCAGUGGCCCUGGAGCAUCAAAAUAUAUACAGACGAACAAGGAAAAAACAAAGGAGAUGCAGUUUUAUCUUAUGAAGAUCCAUCUGCUGCACAUUCAGCUGGUGGUUUUUUCAAUAUGCACGACAUGAGAGGGCACAAAAUAACUGUGUCGAUGGCUGAGAAAUCUGCUCCAAAAGCUGCCGCAUACGGUUCUGGCGGCGGUGGUGGUAGAGGCAACUAUGGGGGACGAAGAGACAACAAUAGAGACGGUGGUUCUUCAGGUCCAGAUAGACAUUAUAAUAGCGGAAACCGUUCGCGUCCAUACUAAACUCUUCGAGAAGGGCUAAAUAUAUGUACUAUUGUUUGUGGUGGGAGAGUUUCUUUUUUAGUUUUAUUCCAUUAGCGGAUUUGUUCUCUAACAGGAGACGAGAGGUAGGUUGUUCAUUACACCGAGCAAUAUUCCCCUUUUUCUCUGUUUUAUACCUUUUUCGUUAGCACUUGGUGGGGACUUUGGGGUGUUACUCACAUGGCUUGGGAUUGAUUGAUUCGAGCUGUGUGAAUGUUUUUAUAGAGGGAAGUGGAUAAUCCGAAUUGCUGCUAAAGGUAGGUUGAAAUUGUCAGGUGAGUGUUGCUUUCUUUCUAAAUUUUCGUUGAUUACUUUUUUUCUAUAACAGAGUUGCAUCUUUGUGAA